AUGCAAGAUGGUAAUAGUAUGACCUCAAGUAGAGAUCCCCAAUUUGAGAACUUCAGUGUGAGUAUAGGUAAUGAUACUUUUUCUCAGGCUGGAGUAAGCUCAGUAGGUGUACCUAGCCUAAGAACUAUCCUUAGUUCUCAAAAAUUGGGUAGAGGCGAUUUAGGAGAUAUAGGUCGUAUAAGAACCAGUCGUAUUGAGUCAUCAUGUGGAGCAUCAUCUGUAAAUCACCUGGACUCUAUAGGGGAAGCAGAAAUAAGAUUAGAAGGGGAAGCUGAAUUUAAAGAUCUAUUCUUGACCUUUUUAAGAACGUUUGUAGCUCAAGAAGGUGAUGUAAUUAGUCAUUAUAGUCGUUCAAGGAGUUCUUCAACUCAAAUAGAAGGCUACCAUUCUACCUAUAUGGGAUUACUAAGGAAGUUGUUGGAAACUCAACUAACAGUUGAAGCAAAUCAAGAUGAUAACAAAUGUAUGAACGGCUUGAAUAGCUAUAGUUUUGAUAUAAGCUUAAGGCAUUUAAAGGAAUUUAGUCAGAGCCUAUUUGUUAACACUAUAUCAUCUCCUAGCGAUGCUAUUGUGUAUAUGGAUGAAGUUUUGGAGAGUGAAAUUGAAAAUUUGCUUGGAGAGGAAUAUUUAAAGGAAUUUUUGCUCCCAAAAGUUAGAGUAUUUGAUAAUCCAAAAAUUUCAAAUGCAAGAGAGAUUAAUCCUUCAGAUAUUGAGCAGUUAAUAAGUAUUAGAGGGAUUAUAAUCCGUUGUUCCGAUAUAAUUCCGGAGAUGCAAAAAGCUACAUUUAGAUGUACAAGUAAUUAUGAUGUUAAUGGGACUAGUACAACUUGUCAACAUAGAGAAUAUAGAUUACUAGUUGGAGGGGAAAUUGAUGAACCGAUUAUUUGUCCUGUAUGUAAUAACAAGUACUCUUUUGAAUUAUUACAUAACUCUUGUCAAUUUUCGAAUAAGCAAAUUUUGAAGAUUCAAGAGCUUCCAGAUAUGAUACCUCCUGGAGAGACUCCUCAUACAGUUCUUGCUUAUGUAUAUGAUGAAAUGGUUGAUAGAUCACGACCAGGGGAUCGAGUGGAAAUUACAGGAAUUGUGAAAGCUUCCGGAGUGAGGUUAGUAUCUAGAAUGAGAUUACUUAAGUCAGUAUUUCGCACAUAUAUUGAUAUUCUUCAUAUUCACAAGAAUAUUUCGAGUAAUCUAUAUUCUAUUGCUGGAAAUAAUUUUUUAGGAACUAUGAACGAUGUUGAUCAUGACUCUGGAAGAGUAUAUCUGAGUCAAUUUGAGGAUGAGGAAAAAAGGGCCUUUGAAAAUGCAGAUUUCAAUAACUUAAGUAAAGAUAAAGAUGGGGAUAAUGGAAGUAUUAGUAUUGAAUUAAAUACAAAAAAGGGUCAUAAUACUUUAUAUACAAAAGAGAUGGUGGCAGAAUUUAAGGAAAUGGCAAAAGAUCCACAAUUGUAUGAGAAGUUGGCAAAUUCAAUUGCUCCAAGUAUUUGGGAAAAUGAAGAUAUUAAAAAGGGAUUAUUGUGCCAACUAUUCGGUGGAAGUAAGAAAAACUUGUUAAAUACAGCUACAAAUAUUGUAACGAAUUCACUAAAUAAUUUCCAAAAUAAUGACUCAGGUCUUAGUCGCCAAGAGAUAAAUAUUUUGCUCUGUGGUGAUCCAAGUACUGCUAAAUCCCAACUACUGCAAUAUAUUCAUAAGUUAAGCCCUAGAGGAUAUUAUAUUAGUGGAAAAGGUAGCUCAGCUGUAGGAUUAACAGCUUAUAUUACAAAAGAUCCUGAAACUAAAGAGCUAGUUCUAGAAAGUGGAGCUUUAGUUUUGAGCGAUCGUGGGAUUUGUUGUAUAGAUGAAUUUGACAAAAUGGACGAUUCUUCUAGGAGUAUACUUCAUGAAGCAAUGGAACAACAGACGGUUAGUAUUGCAAAGGCUGGUAUUAUCUGCUCUUUAAAUGCUAGGGUUGCAAUUUUAGCGUCAGCUAACCCUAUUGCAAGUCGUUACGAUCCAUAUAGAAAUGUAGUGGAAAAUUUAAAUUUACCUCCAUCUCUGAUGUCUAGAUUUGACCUCAUAUAUUUAGUGCUUGAUAAUCAUAGUGAAGAAUCAGAUAGAAAGCUUGCUCAACAUUUAUGUUCAUUAUACACUAUACAACCAAGAGAAUUAAAUACUUCAAGUUCUGGAGUCCCUCUCAACACUUUUUCUAAAGAAAAGAUUAGUCGUUAUAUAAGUUAUUGCAAGCAAUAUUGCAACCCUAAGCUAUCUACAGAAGCUUGUCAUCAACUAAUACAGAAUUAUAUAUCAAUGAGGCGACAAGGGGUGAGUGGUGAGACAGGUCGUUAUAAUAAGACUGUAACGGCAACUCCAAGACAACUUGAAAGUCUGAUUAGGAUAUCUGAAGCCUUGGCAAAAAUGCAACUUAGUGAUUGGGUUGAAAAAUUACAUGUUGAUGAGGCUACACGUCUUAUGAAGGUGGCUACUUAUAGUGCUUUAGUAGACCCUAUAACAGGGUUGAUCGAUAUGGAACAGUUAACUAUAGGGUAUGCUGGUAGAGAAAGGGAGUUACAAGAGAAAAUAAUGCAGAUAAUUCUAGACUCUCUUAGUGAUCACCAUGAUGGGGCCACAAUGGAUGGUUUGGUAGCUUUGACACAAGAUAUAUUAUCUUCAAAUAAAAAGGAUUUUACAUAUAACUCAAGUAUUUAUGAUCUUAGGAAAGAUAUAUCAAGAAGUAUAGAUCUGUUGAUAGCUAAUGGGAAUAUUAGGAAAGUUUCAGCUGGAAAAUAUAAAUUGGCUCCAACAAAAGGAUAG